CAUCUCUCCCCAGUCGAAUCUACUAAUCUACUAAUCUACGAACCCCCCACUGGUAUACCCGCAAUGACAGCUGGCCUCAAGACCGUCAUCCUCCUCUCGUUUGUGCUGGCAGCCGGCUUCCUGCUGGUCAUACUUUCUUGUGCCCUUUGGGCCAACUGGCUUCCCCUCCUUGUCGCUCUCACUUUCAUCCUCGCGCCAUUCCCCAACUGGAUCGGUUCUAGAUGCGCCUCGGCGGACGAAAUCUCGCCAGAGUACAAUUCCGCCUACGUUGACUUUGGAAGGUUCCUCACGGGAAUGCUCGUAACGACCGGCCUCUCCCUCCCCCUCCUCCUAGCCCACUCGGCCCUCAUCCAACCCGCAGCAUGCUGGAUGUCCAUUGCCGGCGGUGGUUUGGUCUAUGGCACGAUCCUGGUGUACGCUGGAUGGUUCGGAGGCAACAACGAGGAUGAGUUCUAGAGUAGGCCGUGAAGACUCGCAGGCGCUUGUAUGCACCAAUAUUAGACGGGACGCUAUACAGAGAAUGGGUAGAAAUAGUGGAGUUGCAGCCUCAAGCAACUAACGCACGCGCCGCAUUUUACAUCUCUG